AUGAAUUGGAGACGCAAUAUUAAACGGUCCUCCGAAGCAAGUCUUUUUGCGGAGGUAGUACCCUGCAAGUCCAACAACAUCAAGAACCUGCAUACCCUCCUCAUUGGUCCGUGCAGGCCGCAUCUGAGGCCUAGGUCGGAUAACACCAACAGUCUUGUGUUGGGCAUCAAUAUCAUUGACGACAUUCCCAUCCCGAUCACAAGAGAAAGACAAAGCAACUUUGAGCAUAACUGUGUCAAUAUGGCGACAACCUUACAACCUUUUAAACCUUCCAAUGCCUUCACUUCCCUGAUCCAAGUAUUCCGAUUCAACAUCUCAGAUGUCCCAUCCGUGGCCCUCGAAUGGAUCGUCGCCCACCCCGGCCAAACCGCCAUACUCGUCAUUGAGGGAGUCGGGAUUUUCACCCCCGCUGCUCUCAGCGGUCCGCUCCUCGCAUCGAUGGGUUUCGGCGCCACCGGUCCUGUUGCUGGCUCCGUUGCGGCUUCACUUCAGUCAAUGCUGGGGAAUGUUGGGGCACACCGCGUAUUUGCGUAUUUGCAGAGUGCGGCGAUGGGGGGUUAUGGGGUUUCUGCUAUUAAUGGGGUGACACAAGCUUGUGCGGUUAUUUCGGGGUGGUUUGUCUCGAAGCUCUAG